GUGCACAUGUCCUUACAUGAACGGGGGCAAGCUCAGGUGAUGGCUGGGACGUAACUGUCAAGUGAUAGACCAGACGGUUGGCCCCCAGUUGAGAUCAGUUCAAAAGCAUUCCUUCUGUAUAAUGGUCGUGCCUUUCCCUCCCUUGAUUCUCUUCUCCCUCUCUCCGCUCCUCGCCGCCAUAUGCCUUCUUAUAACCCCAGCCCGAAGAGGCAUACACAGUCACCUAGAAUGCAAGUUCCCAAAUUCAUCAGGUAUAUCGAUGUCGAACAAAGUCGGGCUGCUACACACUAUCCGUGAAUUAUGUCGUUUCCCCUUCCGUUUUCUUCCUGCCAUGCAGAGGUUAGUCGAGUCCUUCUUAUCGGGAAUCGGGAUCGUUCCUCCCAUUGCAAACCGUCUUUUCCGCAGCGAAUUGAAACUGGAUCACUACAUAGGGCGACAGAACUCCCCCUGAACUGACAUUUCAGGGUACCCCCGUCCGGUGUCUCAAUCAUUGCAUGUGGUUCUCGUGCAAUGAGAAGACACAUACCUCCGAGACGAUAGGGAAUGUGGCUCGUGAACU